AUGUCUGUACAACAAAAAGAUAAUUCAAUAAAUUUGAAUAUUGUAAUUACCUCAGACACACACGGUUUUCAUAGAUUUGUAUCAAUUCCUCAAUGUGACAUAUUGAUUCAUUGUGGUGAUUUUACGAAUAAUGGAGAUGAAAAGAGUGUUAGAAAUUUUGGAAAAUGGUUAAACAAGCAAAAGGCAAAACACAAAAUAGUUGUUUUAGGAAAUAAUGAACGAGAGAUGAAUGCUCAUUUACCAGAAAGUGAAAAAUGGUUAACAGAAGAAUGUGAAAAUAUUCACUUACUGCUUAAUACCAGUGUAGUAAUAGAGAACAUUGUGUUUUAUGGGUCUCUUUUUAAAUUUCGUAAACCAGUUCAUCUUGAUAUAAAUGAAAAUCAAGUAUUGGUUUGUGUUUCUCAUGAACCUCCUUAUGACAUAAUGGACACUAUGGUUGUUGAUCAUUGGACAUUUAAUUGGAAAACUUUUAAAGGAGGAAACCAUAAGAUAAACUCUUUUGUAAAUUCUUUUCAUCCUAAAUUAGUUGCAUUUGGUCAUUGUCAUAAUUGCUAUGGAAUAAUAACGAUAAAAGACACAAUCUAUGCAAACGCCUCUUUUGUUACAGAAUUUGGAAUUCCAUAUAAAGCUCCAUUACAAUUAACAUUUGAUGGUACUAAUUUCUUUUAUAAAUAA